AUGACAUCUUGGCAUGAUACAAACAUAAGAUGGUUUGUGCUAGUGCUAAUUGGCAUUUACCCACUUGUAGUAUUUCUUGUGGGUGAAUUUCCAGCAUUGCUAGGAGAAUAGAUAAAAUAACACUUUCAAAUCACUUAAAAGGAAGUCAAUUAUCUAUUAUCAAUAAGAGCAUUUCCAAAUAUGAUAAUGUCACUAGUUGGCGGUUUGAUCAUUGACACAUUUGGAGUUGGACGCUCAUACACCUUAUUUGGAGCUGUUAUAAUUUUGGGUUAAUUCUUAUGCUUUAUCUCAGUAAUUAGUGAUAAUUUUGCAAUUAUGGUAGUAGGCCGAUUAGUAUUUGGGUUGUUUGAUGAUAGUGGAUUUGUGGCUGAAAGUUACUAUAUCAAUAAGUGGUUCAAAGGGAAGGAGAAUUCUCUAGCUUUUGGCAUCGACACAGGUCUUUGUAGAAUAGGAUCAAUAACCGGCGCAAUUAUUUAUCCAUAUAUAUACAUGUCCUAAGAUAAUGACUUAUCUAAAUGCUUGUUAAUGUGUCUGUACAUCUCUAUAUUGAGUUUUGUUUUAAUCAUUAUUUUAACUCGAAUUGACAAGUGCAGUGAUUCAAGAGAUAAAACAGAAGAUUAAAAGUUGGAAAGUGUUGAUCUUAGAUAAAUUAAGAAUUUCAGUUUAGAGUUUUAUGUAGCCUUAAUCAGUUGUGCCACAACUUACUCCAUUUUCUUUAUAUUUGGUUAUAAUUGCUAUAAUUUAUUACCUAGAUAUAAAUUGGAUUAAAGCACUGCAAAUCUGUUAUUUAGUAUUCCUCAUUAUAUUUCUGCGGCUUUAACUGUCUUUGUAGGCCAUUAUGUAGAUAGAAAAGGUAGAAAUAUAGAAAUCUUGUUAUUCGGCGGUUUUUGUUAAGUGCUAGCUGCCGCUAUAUUCUAUUUAAUGCCAGAAUGUGAUACUUAUUGUGUAGCUUUUCCUGUAAUAGGGAGUAUUUUAAUUGGUAUUUUUUUUGGCACUUACUAUGCUGUGAUGUGGCCAUAUAUUCCAAAAAUUGUACCCUCGAACUUGGUAGGAACAGGAUUUGGAUUAACAUAUGCUUGUAUUAAUAUAGAAAUAACAAUAUUUUCAAUAAUUAUUUCUCAUAUUUUAGAAGUAGAGAACUAUGAAAAUUAUACAAAAAUGAAUACCCUAUUAUUAUUCUUAUCCUUCGUUGGCUUUCUCCCUUUAUUGUAUCUAUAUAAAUUUCAUCGUACUUAAUACCAUUAAUGUAAUGUCACACAAGAAACAGAAUCUUAGAUUGAAUUAAUUGAUAGAACCAAAUCGCUUUGA